CAACGCAACAGGUCCACGAGCUGCAAUCGAUGGUCGCGAAGCACGAAGCCCUCCAAUCACUUCGAACCAAGCUCGUGGAACAUUUUCCGUGCAACAGCAGCAGCAACAACAAUGAGAUGCGAAACCGAAUCUUGACCAGUACAUCCAGGGCUGAGCUAGACGAUUUGUACGCGCCCUUCAAGCCACCAGCCAAAGGAAGCAUCCUAGAGCGAAUCACGUCCGAACACCCCAAAUUGGUCGAGACAAUCGACGAGCUCUGGAACGCCAAAGACGAGCCUGACGACAAGCGAUGGUCCAGGCUGGGACCACGGCAGGCAGUAGUCCAGGUGUUGGGAAAUAAAAUAGCUGCUGAACCCCAGGUCGCCUGGUGGGUGAUGGAAGAAUUGCGAAAGCAUUGCCGCGUCAAGACAACCGAAGUGAAAAAGAAAUCGAAUGGUGACGGCAACACCAAGAAGCCGAAUCCUAAAGAAUCAAGCGCCAAGAAACACGUGAGCAAUGACAGCAGCAAGGCCAWUAAAUACAGCGUAACGUACGGGGAAUUUUCGGGGAAUCUAUUAUUCCUCAAAGACCACCAAGUCUUGGCGAUUAGAAGAGGAGUCAAAGAAAAAGCACUGAAAAUGGCAUUCGAGAUUGAUUCCGGGAAAAUGGAAUCGUACCUCCUUUGGAGAUUUCGAAAUGAAACCAAGAACAAAAGGAGCAAUAUCCAGAAAGAUGAAAACACCGUCACGGCCUCGAAGACAAGGAUUGUUCCGGCUGCACUCCUGCGCCACAGGUCGUUGUUAGAAGAAGGCGUUCACGACGCCUGGAACCGCUUGCUCCGGAGAAGGACGACCACGCGGCUCUGGGGAGAUAAGUGCGCGGAGGCCCAGGACCGUGCUUGUGUGGUGUUCGAGGACAACCUACAGCGUGCACUUCUUGCACCACCGUAUCCCCGGAAUCCUCGACCUCUGCUGGCGCUCGAUCCAGGGUUCGCUGCCGGCAUCAAGUCUGCGCUGCUAGCGUCGGACGGAACCGUCGUGGACUUUGACACGGUUCGGUUCUUGGGGCCGCAACGGGCUUCCGCGGUGACUAAGCUCGAAUUUCUGCUGAAAAGCGUGAAAGGCACCGCAGAGCAGAUAAAUGAUGAAAAAAAAGAGGUUAUAGUUGCUCUUGGCAACGGCCAUGGGAGUACCGAUUGCCGUCAGUUGGUCGAGGAAGCAUCAGCCAACAGUGGGAUUUCCGUGAACAUUCAACUGGUCAACGAAGCCGGUGCCAGUGUGUGGAGUGUUACCGAAAACGCGAGAGCCGAAUUCCCGGAGCAUCCACCAUCAGCGAUUGCCGCCGCAUCAAUCGGACGGCGGCUCCAAAAUCCUCUCUUUGAAUUGGUCAAGGUUCCACCGAGGUCAUUGGGGUUGGGAAUGUACCAACACGAUCUGAGCGAAAAGGAGCUGGAUGAAAAGCUCGAACGCACGAGCGUUGAUGCAGUGGCUACUGUGGGUGUCGAUGUCAAUUCGGGAAGUCUUGAAAUCCUCCAAAAGGUCCCCGGACUGUCGGAAAGACUUUCGAAAAAAAUCAUUGCCUCCCGACCAAUCCAACGCCGAAGUGAUUUGCUCACCAGGAUCGAUGGGUUGGGCCCCAAAACCUACGAAAAUUGUGCUGGUUUUGUCCGUGUUUCCAACGGUCCGGAAGCCCUAGACGAUACACUCGUGCACCCAGAAUCCUACGAGUUGGCACGUUGGCUUUUGAAGGAAUUCUCGUGGGAAUUGUCAGACCAUGGAGACAAAAAUCCCGCCACCAAUCUGCCACCUCGAGAACAUUGGAAGACUGAAUGGAAGGACUUGGUGGCGAAAGCGGCAAAAAAACACGGUGUCACCCAGGAUCGGGUGCUUGCAGUCAUGAAGAAUCUGGUAGAUUCGAUUUCCAAAGAGGAUCCUCGAUGGAAGAUCCUCGAAAACAAUGAUGCCUUGUCUGGAAAGGAUUCUUCGACUGGAGGUUCUAUAGGGCUGGUCGAAUCAUGUAAGCCCCUAGAUGCAGAAUGGUCCAGCACGAAGCGAUUGGCAGAAGAGAUUAUUAAAAACGGAGGACCGAUCCGUGGUAUCAUYGGCACAAUAAGCAACGUCGCGGAUUUUGGUGCCUUCAUCGAUCUCGGAAACCAACACAACGGGUUGCUUCACGUGUCCAAACUCGGUCCGAGCCUCAGGCUGCAAGGCUUGCUGAUCGGGCARCGGGUCGGUGUCGACAUACUGAUGGUUGCAACGGACACAGGUCGAAUCGCUCUGGGACUGCAUGGCUGCAAUCUGCAGGCCACCGGCUCAAAACCUCCGCCCAAACGAAGCACUUCCAAUGGUUCUGCACGCAGCUCAAGAACACGUGUUCGAGGAUCCUCCUCGUCGUCAACAAAACUCAGCAAUCACACUAGAAGCAGUGGUGUCAAGAGGUCCAUUACGACAACCACAAGUAGGAAAAGAAAAAGUAGUAGCGCUGAGAGACGAAAACGGCAAAAACGACGCUGAUCCGGGAAAUAACGGAUUGGAUUAUUU